AUGGCGUGGAGGGCCCGCGAGAUUUGGGGUGGUGACGGUAGGCGGCUCAGCGCCCGAAGACGGAUGGCGUGGGACGAGCUGCAGGCGGACAGCUCCCGGCAGGUAAGUCAGUAUGAUGUUAUGAAGACACCAAGGGCGGACUGUGAGCUGGUAUUGACAAUUGAGAAAAUUAAGAAAGAUCCACACCCAAGAAGUGUCGCGGACGUCUGA